AGUAUUAAGAUGGCGGCGCACAGUCCGGCUCGGGUUUUCGCUUCUCUCGUACCAGCCACCAGCGAUGAUAGUGUCGGUGUGAAGGAGCUGAUGAUCCCGGGUGUGAAGGCGGGGUGUAGUCGAUGUGCCGGUCUCGGGAGGCAGGUGGAGGUGACGGGUAUCGCCGAGGUGUGUGCUCCUCCUGACCGGGCUGCUGUUAGUGUCUCUGUGUCUAACAGGAAGGAAAGCGCUAAAGACGCCGCUAACAGCGUGCAGCGCAGACUGGACUACAUCCUGCACACCGGCCGCCAGCACGGACUCAGGGAGGAGGACAUGACUGUGAUGAAACACUUGCAGAGAGAGGAAGCGUUGUACUGCAUGCAGGCUGAGGUGAGCAUGGUGUUUUCAGACUUUGUGAAGAUGCAGGCUGUUCGCUCGGUGCUGAUUGAAAAGCUGGACAGAAGCGUGUGUGUUGGGGAUCCACGUUUCUCCCACAGUUCAGAAAGCCUCAGUGUGUUACGGAGACGCGUGUGUGCAGACGCUGUGAAAAAUGCUCGCCUUAAAGCACACGAGGUGUGUAACCUGCUAGGACAGGCUUUAGGACGGCCCAUAGUGGUACGGGAGGAGGAGUCUCUGGAGUGGAGGCCCGGGCAACAAGAGGGCAUGGCCAGUACUCCAAGUACUUUACAGGAGAAAUUGGAACAGAUGUCAAUCUCUGCGUCGUCACAUGUGUUCGUAACAUUUGAGCUGAAGCCUAAGCACAGUACGAGGAAGAGGUGAUGGACACUGACAACCGUAUACACAAACCUGCUGACAGUAUGAUUUAAUAGAGUAAACUUCCACGAUGAUGAUUCUACUUCGAUCUUCAGAAAUGAUUGGUAACUUCUUAAGCUCACACAUUCAGACAAAAACGAAAAUUCUCCCUAGCGAAAACAACAUAGUUCCUCAUUUACAUCUCAGGAAAUGUGGCCAUUAUUUAAAUAAGGAAUGAAGCACUACGUGAUGUGUGGUUAUGAGAAAAUGGUACUGUGAUGUGGCCCGAGGUACGAUGGAGGCAGAGGAACUGUUUUCCUGCACCAGCAUCUUCCACUGUGUCUUUCUUUUACAGCAACAAUUUGUGAUUUAAAAAAAAAAAAAAUCUAUAUAAGGCCAUCCUUAAAAAUAUUUUGGUUUGCAGUAACAGUAAAAAAAAAAAAAAAAAAAAA